AUGAGCAAAAAGUUUGCAGACAAAGAUAGCACGCGGAACGUGCGUAACCUAUGUAUUGCUGGUCACGUUGACCACGGGAAGACAGCAUAUGCAGAUAGUUUAUUAGCAGCGAACAACAUUAUAUCUUCUAGAAUGGCGGGUAAAUUGAGGUUUUUAGAUAGUAGGGAGGACGAACAGCAGCGAGGAAUCACUAUGGAAUCUUCUGCAGUCAGUUUGGGCUUUAAGCUACUCCGACAGGGCGAAGACGGACAAGCAAAAGCCGAGGAUUAUAUGAUUAACAUGAUAGAUACACCAGGUCACGUUGACUUCUCCUCUGAAGUCUCUACGGCUGCUAGAUUGUGUGAUGGUGUACUCAUUAUGGUAGACGUAGUAGAGGGUGUCUGUACACAAACAAUUUCUGUAUUACAACAAGCAUACGCCGAUAGAUUACGACCAAUUCUCGUUAUCAAUAAAAUGGAUAGACUUAUAACCGAACUGAAAUUGGCGCCGUCAGAAGCUUAUCAUCAUUUGGUACAAUUAAUCGAGGCUGUAAACGCUGUCAUAGGUUCUUUUUUCGCCUCUGAUAAGCUUGCCGAUGAUUAUAGAUGGCGUGAAUUGUCGGAACAACAAAGAGGUGCAUUCGUGGAACGUGAUGAUCAAGAUCUCUAUUUCUCCCCGGAGAAGGGUAAUGUCUUAUUUGCUUCAGCAGCGGAUGGCUGGGCAUUCAGAGUGUCAAAGUUUGCACAAAUAUACGCCGGAAAACUUGGUUGCAAGGAAGAUGUCUUGAGAAAGUGCCUAUGGGGUGACUUCUACUUUGACCCAAAAACCAAACGUUUAAUUGGAAAGAAAGCAGUUGGUAAUCGUCCACUCAAACCAUUAUUUGUUCAGUUCGUACUUGACAAUAUCUGGGCUGCAUAUGAUGCUAUUCAUAUGAAUCACGAUAUGGAAAAAGUCAAUAAAAUCAUCAAUGCUCUAAACAUACGUGUUCAUCCACGUGAACUCAAAACGAGAGAUACGAAAACUCUUCUUUUUGCCAUAUUUACUGCAUGGCUACCUCUCGCUUCAGCAACCUUUUCAGCAGUUGUUGAUGUAAUUCCACAACCUUCUCAAGCCCAAUCAUUGAGAUUGCCAAAAAUGCUCUAUCCACUCGAACAUCAUCCAUCAUCAAUAGCGAAGAACGACGUUGAGAGAGCUAUAUAUGGUAGUAUUUCGGAUAAUGCACCAGUGGUGUCAUAUGUCAGCAAAAUGUUUGCGGUACCAGCUAAUGAGCUACCAGAAAAUAGACGCAGGGGGUUAACUGCCGAAGAGAUGCGUGAACGUGGAAGGGAAUCAAGGGAAAAAGCCAUGGCGGUAUCAGCUGCUUUAGGGGCUACUGGUAUGUCUGGUGCUGAUGAAUUAUCAUUAGAAGAGGCUGCCAAACGUGAACAAGAAAAGGAUACACAAAAUGACGAGAAGGGAGAAGGGCAAGAAGAACAAAUUGAAGAGUCAAUGAUUGGUUUUGCACGUAUAUAUAGUGGUAACAUCCGUGUAAAUGAUACUCUUAAGUGUUUGCUUCCAAAGUAUAACUCAGAAGUUCCACCAAACAAUGCUCACAACCUCAAACAUGUUCAAGAUAUCACAAUAAAGAGUCUAUACAUGAUGAUGGGUAGGGACUUGGUGCCUGUUUCUGAAGUUCCAGCUGGAAACGUAUUUGCAAUUGGUGGCUUAGAUGGUGUUGUAUUACGUAAUGCAACUCUUAUCACCCCUGAUAAUGAUAACUGCUUCAUUAACUUAGCUAGUGUUGUUAAUCAAGUAGCGCCGAUCGUUAGGGUAGCAUUGGAGCCAGGAUCAGCUACCGAUAUGGGUAAGCUUGUGAAUGGUAUGAAACUUCUCAACCAAGCAGAUCCAUGCGUCGAGGUCCUUCAGCAAGAAACUGGUGAGCAUGUAAUUCUGACUGCUGGUGAAUUACAUUUAGAACGCUGUUUGAAAGAUCUUCGCGAGAGAUUUGCCAAAUGUUCAAUCACUCCUUCAAAACCGAUCGUACCGUUUAGGGAAACAGCUGUGAAGGGCCAGGAGAUGCAACCACCAAAAACGAAAGACGCAGUGCGAGGAACUAUCCACGCAUCAUCAUUUAACAACAUAGUCACAUUUACUGUCCGCUCAGCACCACUUCCAAAGCAGAUCACAGAUUAUUUAAUUGCAAAUCAAUUCUCAAUUAAGAGAAUGUUAGGUGUCUCCUUAGAUAGAAAGCAAGACGAUGAUGAAAUUACCGUAGAAGAUAACACAAGUAGCUUAGAAGCUCAAGACACGUACAAACCACCAAAUGUAAUAUGGGAAGAAUUAGAAAACCUUUUCAGCAAUAGUGGAUACGACUGGAAAAAUGUUGUAGACAAUAUCGUUGCAUUUGGACCAAAACGUGUUGGAGCCAACAUACUUGUUGACAAAUGUGCAAACAGAAGUCUCAGAAACAAGACACAGAUUGACGAUAGAUGGCAAAAGAUGGUAGACGAGAGUAUAGAAAACGGUUUCCAGACUGCAACCAAUCAAGGACCACUUUGCGCUGAGCCUAUGGUUGGAAUGGCUUACUUUUUGGAGAAGGUAGAAAUUGAAGACAAGGAAGGAUUAGAGUUCAAUACGUCUCAAACGACAGGUUCACUUAUUUCUAGCUCCAGAGAUGCAAUUCGUAACAGUAUGCUUGAUUGGUCACCUCGACUGAUGUUGGCAGAAUACUCCUGCGAGAUUCAAGCUUCAACGGAAGUUUUAGGAAGGGUUUAUGCAGUCGUAUCAAGAAGAAGAGGUAGAAUUAUCGCAGAAGAGAUGAAAGAGGGUACAACAUUCUUCACAGUCAAGUCAAGGUUGCCUGUCGUUGAAUCCUUUGGAUUUGCUGACGAAAUUAGAAAGAGAACAUCAGGAGCAGCAUCACCACAACUCAUCUUCUCUGGAUUUGAGAUAUUCGAUAUUGAUCCGUUCUGGGUACCUUCAACUGAAGAAGAACUUGAAGACUUGGGUGUACUAGCAGAGCGUGAAAAUGCUGCAAAGAAAUAUGUGGACCUUGUACGUGAAAGGAAGGGUAUGUUUGUAGAACGGAAAAUUGUCGCAGAAGCUGAAAAGCAGCGUACGUUGAAGAAGUAGUUUUUAAAUGCAUAUAAACUUAUAGAAUUUUUUAUUUAUUUGAAUUAAAUU